CGGCAGGUUGUGUGGUCACCACAACAACCUGUUGCCGGGAAACAGAAACAAAUUACUUACUUAAGGCGUUCAGGGGGUAGGCCAUAGGCGAUGACCUCGAAGACGAUGGAGCUCGCCAGACGUCCUUCGGAUCUUUCCGAAUGUUCUCGUGCUGCUGCCAGCUCGCGCUCGUGGGACACCCCGCAACAUCAAAUGGACGAGGAGUCAGAUGAAGAAACAGAGGAAGACGAACGGGUUUCUAAAUUGGACUCGCGGUUCUUGGCGACACCAGGGCACAUUCGGGGCGAAGGCUCUUGCGAUGUGAAUGUGGGGCGGGAAGCUGGUGGAGGUGGCGAAGCCCGGUUGAGAGGCGAUGGAGAAUAUGACGAAGAUGAAGGCGAGUGUGGUAGUGGCGACCAACGAGAAAACGUUGGAGGUGGGGCAUCCCAUUGUGAUGGAACGACGGAGCAAAUGGAGUGGGACAGAGUUGCGGCGAGUGGUGGGGUGGAAUAUGGUGGUCCGGGUGGUUCGGAAAUGGAAGACCGGGAAUUGAAAGACAAAGGAGGAGAUGUCGGUGUUUCCGCGGGGCUGACUUCCAAGAGGGGGGGAAAAUGCACAGCGGAAGAGUCGCCGACGCCAACUGCUCCUGAGAAGCAAGUUCGAAGGAAAGCUUUGGACGAAGCUCGGGUCGUCUUGGAUGCAUCUCAAGGGACACGUGGUGAACCGAAUGUGAAGCGCAAAUCAAGUGCUCGGAUUUGCAAAACGUCACAACCCAAGAAUCUCGUGUGGCCAUCAAGGCGCCAAAAAUCAGAUGACUCCAGCGACGACAAUGAAGGGGUGGCCCCUCGCUUGCUCUCCCUCCCUGACGACGUCGAACAUGAGACGAAGAAACCCAGUGCGAUCAACAUGACGCAAUGCUACUUCCUCGAGAAGGAUGAGGAGGGCAAAAAGAGAAGAGACCCGUCGAGGGUGGUAAUUGACGCCGUGCAGAUUCUUCGAAUUCCGGACGGAGAUAUCGCCUUCAAUCAGCGAUCGCUGAACAUGGCCAUCCUUGCAGGCCUCGAUGCGGCUAUCAAGUCGUCGACUGGGCCAAGGGGCGAGAAUGAUCCUGCUGCGUGGGAACCGCCGGAAUUGGUGCUGGCUCCAAUUACGCCAUUGAAGGACGAUCCGGAUAGGCAAGGGACACGAGUCCUUCCAAAGGACUUCGAUCCCGAUAGGGCAGACGAGUACUUCUAUUACCCGGUUGCCGGCCAGCAUACUGCCGAAGCCAUGAAAAGAGCAGUGAAGAGGGAUUCCGCAGCAGUGGACGUGUUCGGAUUUCGAAAUGAAGACCGUGAAGCAUAUGGUGGUUACCACAAAGCGCAGGUGGGUGCGUUUGCGAUGUUUGUGGCGCAAUGCGAGCAACUGAAGUUCACGACAAAUCGGAUAAUGCUGACAUACGAUGACUACAGUAACCUCGCCAAUGCAACAGAUGCAUGGUAUAUGAUCGAGAGCGACAAGGAGACUGAAACCUCAGACCUCGAUAUCGAAGAGCAAGUGAAACGUUCGCGUGAGGGAAUGCAAAGUGUGCCUGCAUGCAGCGUGCAGAACGAGAAUCCAGAACGAGGUCCCACGAACUCCGGAGGUGCAAGCAGUCCUGCGCGUGAUGUGACGAACAGGGCGAGUUCCAUUGACCAGAUGCAAACUGAUUCGUCGACGCCCCUCCUAACACUUCAAAAUGUAUUGAUUCAUGACAAUCGUCGCGGGUUGCAGGGAAAACCUCCAUCUGGAGGAAACGCGGACCACGACAUGCUGGCAGACGCUGACGAAGAUGACUUGGCUGUUCCAGAUCCAUCUCCGAAGCUCAUACCUGGUGAUGAUAUCCCCGAUCACAUUGUGCAGGACAGUGCACAACCGUACUUCAUUCAUGACAAGGUGCCAGAAACGACAUCUAAGAAGUGAGAGCAUCACAUUUUGUAGCAUACGGACGUGUUCGAGCCGUGCGUCUUCAAGGGGGAGUGGAUGAUGGCACUGCAUCUAUCAUCGAGAUGGAAAAUCAAACCCAGACUGGCAG